UACAUCUCGAUGGGUAGGAUGACAUGUUACAACACACUCUUACACAACUCCAGCGGCUUUUUCAGCAGGACUGUCCUCCAGUUCAUCCUGAGGGACCUCUGCGAGCAGCUGCUGGUUUGUCCAACAGAAGUUGUUUUUUUUUCUUCCGUGUCGGUGGCAGAAGAGGAAAAUAAAGCAGUAUGUUCGGGGCAGUGGUGAUCGGCAUCGGUGCAGCAGGCUUGGUCCGGAUCAGAGACAUGCUGAAUCCCCAUCCUGGCAGUGUUGCAGAGAAACUCUCUGUAAGAGGAUUCAUAUCCAGAAGAAACCUGAACACCGAGCAGGACGUGAGUCAGAUCUCAAUGGAGGAGGCUCUGAGCAGAGAGGACAUCCAUGCUGCCUUUAUCUGCACGGAGAAUGACUCCCAUGAGGACAACGUCAGAGCGUUUCUGCAGGCAGGGAAACAUGUCUGUGUGGAGUAUCCCAUGACUAUGUCCUACAAGUCUGCCCUGCAGCUCUGGGAUCUGGCCAAGGAAAAAGGAGUGAUUCUUCAUGAAGAACACAUUGAGCUGCUGACGGAGGACUACAAACUUCUGAAGAAAGAGGUGGAGGGAAAAACCCUGCUGGAAGGAAGUCUUCAUUUUACAGGAGGAGCUCUGAAGCCAGGGUUUGGUUUCCCAGCCUUCAGCGGCAUAUCCCGCCUCACCUGGCUGGUGGACCUGUUUGGUGAGCUGUCGGUGAUGGCGGCGACGUUUGAGGAGGAUUCUGCAAACGGCUACACCAAGAUGACCGUCAAGCUGCUGACAGCCGACAACAAACCUCUGACAUGGGUGGAAGAACGACAGGCCGGCCUACCGAGGAAGAAGAAGGUCAACUUCGUCUUUGACUCCUGCACUCUGACCCAAAUCCCUCCUGCUCCAAGGGGGACCGUAGGACUCUUUAUGCAAGACCUGAUCCAGUUCUCGGCCAAGCUGUCAGGCCAGGUGAACCCCCAGGAGCUCCAGAGAGAGAAGACCAGGAUCCUGCACUGCCUGGAGGUGGCAGAGAAGAUACGGCAACUUUCCCAAACUUAAACCAGGACUUUUAAGUCAUUCAUGUCUGAUUUGAUUUGAACUUUGUUUUUUCAUCACCGUGUCCUUAAGUUUUGUACUGAUCUCUAUAAGCUUCAUGUCAUCAUUUUUUUUUUCACAUUAUUUCAGUUUGAAGUCAUCUCCAGCAGAGACUAGUUAGGCUAGGCAUGAUCUAAAACUAGUCUGGCCUUCUGAGGAGCUGCAGGUCUUUAUCUUAGUCUGACUAGUUAUCUCCAGACAGAGUAUUUAUUUAACUAAUCAGUAACUAACCGUUGUAAAACUGGCAGGGUCUGACUCAGUUCUGGUGAAAAAGCUUUUCUUCCUCAGGCAGAAAUGAAAGAAUGAAUAUGGAACAGAAACUUUGAAGAGUUUAUUAAAAGACCUUUUCCGACCA